UCAUAUCUCAGGGAGAGCACUGGAAAAGGGCAUCAUCUGGUGGCAAAGGGUGAAGUGUUGUGCUUCAUCCAUCCAUGGCGAUGUAGAUCUUCUCUCCUUCAUCACUCUUCCUCUUCUCGCACCUCUCCUCCCUUUUUUCCCUUCAUCUCCCCAGUUCCUCCAACCAAGGUCAGUGAAGAAGACGACGCUGGCUUCUUGCGACUUCUAGGGGGCGGCUCCAUGACUUAAUCUCCAGGUCUGGUUUCUCCGAAACCUAAUCUCCAGGUUCUGAUUUCUUCUAGGGGGGCAGAUCUUAUUUUGGAACCACAAAAAUUGAUGCUUUGGCCACUUUGUGACCGUACACCUCGAUCGGGGAAUAUAUCCCGUUAGAUUUUUUUUUCUUCUCCCAUUUAUAAGUUCGAGCGGCGAAUCUGGGAGAUGAUGGCGAGAUUUCUUCCUCCUUCGAUACAGUGCUUCCCCAGAUCAAGUUGGCUCCUUGGAGAGAAAAGGAACUGGGGCGGGUCCGUGACUGGAAACUGGACGCGGGAGGAGAACAAGCUCUUUGAGAAUGCUCUGGCCGAGUUCGACAGAGACACCCCUGACCGCUGGGAGAAGGUGGCGUCGUAUAUCCCGGGCAAGACCGCCAGGGACGUGGAAAGUCAUUACCGUAAUUUGUUGGAGGAUGUGAGCAAGAUAGAAGCUGGACGGUUUCCGUGUCCUGGAUAUGACCCUUCUUCAUUUUCUCGGGAAUGGGAUGACAAUUGCGGCUUUGAAGCUAUGACACAACCUUUCUGCAUCGGUAGGAAGAGGUCAGGGGCGUCGUGUGCAUCAGAUCAAGAAAGAAAAAAAGGAAUCCCCUGGACUGAGGAAGAGCACAAGCGAUUCCUACUUGGACUUAGAAAAUACGGUAAAGGGGAUUGGAGAAAUAUCUCUAGGAAUUUUGUGAUUACUAGGAACCCUACUCAAGUUGCUAGUCAUGCCCAGAAAUACUUCAUCAGACUAAAUUCAGGUGGCAAAGAUAAGAGAAGAUCCAGCAUACAUGACAUUACUACUGCCAAUUUGCCAGAUAACAGGCCUUCUUCUCCAUCUCAACUACCCUUUCUCAGCACCCAGUUUAUCUCAGUGCCGAGCUCCUACUCAUCUAUCCAAGAUUUGAAUCAGCCUGAUGGAGCAACUGGUAUUCUAAGUUCGUUAAUGAAAGGGAGACAGUUCAUGCAAACACAUCAUGGAGCAGCAACCUUACGAGAAGUCAGAAGCUCAUGCAUCUAGGAGUGACAUUCUUCAUGGUCCUGUGUUUCAUAGCAUCAAUCUGUUUUUCCAAAUGCUACCAAGUCAUUAACUUCAUGAUUGAGAUGUGAUAUACGGCGGCAAACGAGUGCCCACAAUCUUUGGAGAUUUUGUGGCUUUCUUCUUCCUGUUAUUCUUCUCCUUCCUCGCUACUUAUAAUAUGCCACUAUACAGUAUAGAAAUAAAGUUGUGCCUGCAGCAAGGCACUAGCUGUGUGCUUUCUGUUAUGCACUCCAAUACUAUAUGAUAUGCGUGCAAGAAGUACACCUCUUUCUAGUUUGACAUACAUAUACCGUAACAGUUUGUGAAGGCCAAAAGCCCAUAUGUUUUGAUGCAAUAAAAAUGAUUUCUAGUUUAUUGGCCAUCA